AUGGACCAGCCCACGCCAGACUUCCUUGUUAGCCGUGACCACUCCCAGUUCCUUCAAAAGUUGGAAGGGGAGCAGCCCCUCAGCGUGGCCCCCAGCACCAACCGCAUGGUCUACCGGGGCCUGGAGGGCUUCGUGGCGGCCGUGUCUCCCUUCAACUUCACUGCUAUUGGGGGGAACCUGGCAGGGGCCCCCGCUUUGAUGGGGAACGUGGUGUUGUGGAAGCCCAGCGACACGGCGAUCCUGUCGAGUGCAGCCGUGUACCGAGUACUGCUGGAGGCGGGACUUCCUCCCGACGUGAUCCAGUUCGUCCCGUCCGAUGGCCCCGUCUUUGGCGACACUGUCACGGCCUCAGAGCACCUCUGCGGCAUCAACUUCACCGGAAGCGUCCCGACCUUCAAGCGCCUUUGGAAGCAGGUGUCCGAAAACCUUGACCGGUACCGGACCUUUCCCCGCCUGGCCGGAGAGUGCGGCGGGAAGAACUUCCACUUUGUGCACGCGUCGGCGGACGUGUCCAGCGUGGUCAGCGGGACGCUGCGCUCGGCCUUUGAGUUCGGGGGGCAGAAGUGCUCGGCCUGCUCCCGCCUCUACGCCCCGGAGUCCCUCUGGCCGCGCAUCAAGGACGGACUCCUCGAGGAGCACCCCAAGAUCCGCGUCGGAGACCCAACAGAAGACUUUGGUACCUUCUUCUCGGCUGUCAUUGACCACAAGGCUUUCGAGCGCAUCCGGAAGUGGCUGGACCACGCCAAGACCUCGCCAAACAUCUCCGUCCUGGCCGGCGGACAGUGCGACGACUCUGUGGGAUUCUUCGUCCAGCCCUGCGUCCUGCAGACCAAGGACCCCCUGGACCCCAUCAUGCAGGAGGAAAUCUUUGGCCCGGUGCUCUCGGUCUACGUCUACCCGGACAAGGAAUACAAGGAUGUCCUGCAGCUGGUGGACCGUACUUCCCCUUACGGCCUCACGGGGGCGGUGUUUGCCCAGGAUAAGUGAGUGAAUUGGGGAAUCAGUGGAGAUAG